CUGGUUCAGUCCUAAUCCAUUCUAGGCGUGACCUUCACCAUGUGCAUUUUUCACAGGAUACCCUUCCACAGUAUGGUUCAAGCUGCUGCAUCUUUUAGAUAGCUGCAUUGUAUUCCACUGUAAGAACGUAUUGUGAUUUAUCUUCCCCAGACUGAUAACACAUAUUGUUUUCAGUGUUUUGCAAUUACAAAUAGUGCUGCAAUGAAUAAUUUUGUACAUAUGUCAAAUUUCACACAUGGUGAAAGUGUUUAUAGGAUAAAUUACUUGAUGUAGGUUUGCUAGGUCAAAAGGUGUGUGUGUGUAUUAGUGAGUCUGUUAGAUAUGAUGAAACUGCCUGCCCCAGACGUUGUGCUGAAUCACACACCCCCCAGGGGUGAACGUGAGUGUCUGUUUCCCCCCCGGCCUAGCCAACACAGAUUUAUGAAAUGCUCUGAUCUUUGCCAAUUGGGUAGGUAGAUAUGGUUUUCCAUAGUAGUUUUAAUUUGCAUUUCUCUUGUUAUGGGUGAGGUCAGCUUCUUUCCAAAUAUUUAAGAGAUUUGUAUUGUCUUUCUGUGAACUUUCUGUUCAUCCUCUUCUCCCAUUUUUCUAUUGGGUUAUUGUUCUUUUUGAUUUGUAGGAACUCUUUACAUAUGAGGGAGAUUAGCUCUUUAGGGAGAUAAAAAUUGCAAAUGUCUCCAUAAUCUCUUGCUCAUCUUUUGAUUUUGCUUUUGAUAGUUUUUACUAUGUAGAAAAAGAAUUUUUAAUUGUAAUCGAAUUUAUCAGUCUUUUCAUUGUGGCUUUUAGGUUUUGUGUCAGGUUAGAAAGGACUUACUCACUACAGCAUUAUAUGAGAAUUCUUUCAUGGUUUCUCGCUCUUUGGAAAUCAUCCUGGUAUAAAUUGUGCCUCCAGCUUUCUCUCCCUCCUCUGGGCUCUGCUGACUUUUUAAAUAGGCAACUUAGCAGUGCAGAAGUUAAGACUUAAACCUAAAUCUUUCUUGCUCUUUCCAGGACAGUGGCUACUCUGGGUUAAAUCUUCUGUCACCAGCAGAACCACUGUCUGGGUGGGCCGUGGGAAGCCCAGUGUUCUGCCAUCUUGGGCAGAAGUAGCACCACAUGAGGUCCCUGAAGGCCAGCUAGACUUCCCCUUUCUGUUCUUUGUUAUCGAGGGGAAAGGGAUCAGGAAUGAAACAUGGGCAUGAAAGUUUUCAUUCUAAAGGGGGAGCCUAGUGAAGAUAGUACUUAAAGGAAUGAAUAACUAAUGGUGGAAUUUCAGGCAAGAGUUGGGGGAAGAUAUAGCUGUUCUUUCCAAUAUGGGAACCUGGUUGUUUAGUUGGUCAGUUAGUAAACAUUGUUGCCUGAACACCUCCUGUGUGCAGAGCCCUUUGCAGACACCUGGGGGAAGGGGGCACCAAGGUCUGCCUUCUGAAAACUUGUGCCUGGAGCUGAGUUUCCUCUUGACACACAGAAGGUGUUAGUGCACAUCUCCUGAAGGAGUGAAUGCGUGAAUCUCUGUCAAGAUGCGUGAAUGAAUAGAUGAACUCUUCCCAGGCAAUUACUAACCAUCAUUAGAAUUGGCACAGGAGAUGGCAAACUGGAUUUAUUAUCCUUGGCGGCUGGAGCCUUGCGGGGGAGGGGUGACAAGGUAUUUGUGUUUUAGAGGAGAGAUUGACUAGGGUAAUGCCUAAUCCAGAGGAAGAGUGGAAGGGAGGAUUUCAGGAGCAAAGAACAAUUCCCUACCCCACCCCUGGAAUUAGCCCUCUGGGGCCAGAUGGCAACACGCAGGCUUUUCAGCUUUUCCUCAGUUCUCUUUGUUUCAUGAUUUAACCUCCGUUCCUAGCCCAGCCCAGAGCUGGGCCUCAGAGAUUUGACAUAACCAUCUCCUUUGGCAGAGGGAAAACCGAGGCCCGGAUCAGGUAAGGGUCACAGAACACGUUAGUGGCAGAGCUGGGACUGGAACACAGGUCUCUAGACCCCAAGACUGAGUGACAGCUUGUGGUCCCUAGAGGCUGGGGUAGAGUCAGCCUGGGAGUUCUUGGGGAGCAGGGCUGUCUGGGGGCAUAUGCUAUUGGGGGCUUCGGCUUUUGCUCCUGCCUGGUGGCUUUGCAGACUGUCGCCAGGAGGUGGGGAGAUAAAGUGGAGGGUUGUUAGGGUCUCUGCCCCCCGUGCACCUCUGUCUCUCCUGUUUGGACCUCAUGGUUGGGCUUCCUCAGCUCUAGGAAUUGAGCCUUCCUUCUGGGCGCAUUUGCUAUUUUGUCCUCACAAACUUGGCCUGUUGGCCGUGAGGACCUGCGCCUCGCUCUCCCCCGAAGUUGGGUAUCAGCACCUCAGUUUACUGAUGAGAAAACUGAGGCCCAGAGUGUGAGAGACUCUGCCACUCCUAUGGCCAAGGGUAGCAGAGCUGGAAUUUGAACCCAGGCCUCCUCCCUCCAGGUACAGCUCACCUGCGGGAAGGUGUGAUGCGGCAGGUACUUCCGGUUCUGGGGGAGACCCUUUUGUCUGUUUUCAUCACCUUCCGCCCUAAUGCCCGCCCCCCAGCCCCUCACCAAAGCUGCCCUGCCUGCUCUCUGCCACCUUUCUGCCCGACUCAGGACUCGAGUUGGUUGGCUCGUCCAUCUGUCCGUCCCACAAGCAUCUGCCAGGGCCUAGCUGCAGGACACAGACGUAAAUCCCACCACGAUUUGGUGAGACAGGUGCGGGGAUGUUUGAUAGAAGUCUCGGAAGGCCUCCCGAGGGGCGCAGAUGUCCAGGAGAGAAUGGUAUGGGGAGGGAGGUUAGGCCCCGGCACGAGCUAAGGCUUGGGGAGGCCCUUAGUCCCAUGAGGUUUUCUGGGUGCCCCUAGGUGCCAGGCCGGGGCUGGUGGCUCUCCUUCACAGAGCUCUGGGUCUCCUGAGGGAGGUGGCAUUAACAUGAGUCCCUCAGCAAACAGAAAGUCUGCCAGUGACCCAGCCCACCAGGCACUGGGCUGGCCUAGGGGGCAAGACUGUGCUGGUGGGUUCCUGGCAGCAGCAGUACGGUCACCUGGGCGGGGCGUGGGUACAGGGUCCGGCCUGAGGGGCUUGAGUGGGCCCUCUCCUCUCCUUAGGCCUGCCUGCCUGCCCCGCUUCACACCCCAAGGCCCCACUUCCCCUUUCUGGGGCCACCAGGCCCUGUACAGCUCAGGGGCCUGCCAGGGCAGGGCCAGAGGAAGCCGGGCUGGGUUCCUGCCAGUAUUGCUUGGGUGAGGAAGUGGGUAUCCUGUCUGUGUCUGUGAAAGCUGGGGUGGGCUAGAACUCCCCCAGGGGUGUGGUAGGGCUGGGGGUGCUGCCAGAUCAGCCAGUCCCGCUGGGGAAGGAUUUCCUGAGCACCCCUGAGGGCCCGGUCCUGCAGUCAUAAUUCGAGGUCCCAGCACCCUAUCUCCAGCAGCUCUUCUAGCUGAGGAACCUGGACCCCGCCUGUCAGUAUUUGGCAAGAAGACCCCAGUCCUGUCUUGUUGCAGGGAAGGGAGAAGAUGGUGUGUAUGGGGUAGUUCAGAGGGCUUCCUGGAGGAAGAGGCCCUCCUGGAUCUUGCUGGCUUCGAGGAGGCUCCCUGGCAUGGCUGCCUCAUCUUGCCCCUGGAAGGCAGAGGGAGGUACCUUGAUGGAGUCCACUUUGCCCCCCACCCUCUGUCUGGGGCCUUGAAGGGGGAGGGCAGAAAGGGGUUGGCAUUUUGAGAUGUUAUGGGCUCUUUGAAUGUCAGCAUUGGGAGGGUGACGGGCAGGACCCUGAGUGGCCUGUAUUCAAAUCCCAGCUCUCUUUUACUAGCUUUGUGACCUCAGGCAAGUAACUGAAUCUCUCUUUGCCUCAGCUCCCACAUCCAUAAAACAGACACAGCAGUCUUACCUACAGGGCAGGGGUGCAGAUUUAGAGAGACUACAGUGCCGGGAAACAAUAAGCAGUCAGUAGAUUUUGUGAUGGUCUGUCCUGCUCAGUCACAGGCCCUGCGGCUGCGGGGAGCUGAGUCCGCCAGGAUCGCUUGGGGGAAGAGAUUGAUUCCGCCGGUAUCAGUUUCUACCUAAGUACGUCCCUCCGCUCCCUAAUCCCUCCUGCAGCCUUGGGCCCCCUGCUGCCCUGCUUAGUUUGGGACACGGUGACAGAGGUAUGAGCUGGGGUGGGGAUGGUGAAGGGUUCCCCUCCCUGGCCGGCGUCCCUCCAGAGGAGGUCUUAGCCAGGACUGGCUGCGUCUGCAGGGGCCCGCUCUCACCUUUGAGCUAACUUCUCCCGACUUGGACUCAUCAAGGGGCCACGAGGGCUUUCUGGACACAGCAGACUGGGGCAGGAGGCCCAACAUGGACCUGGGGACUCUUGGUUGCAAGUGCCAGAAGCUCACCCUGACUUCACCUGGGAGGGGUAUUGAUUAUCCCUUGGGAGGAAAUACCUGGGGGUUGCCUGAGCCUCAGACAGAGCUGGAUCUGGGGGCCCCAGCGGGUAUGUUCAGGGCUCUGUCUCUCACCAUUUCUCCGUGUGGGCUUCCUUCUCAGGUGGGCUGUCUACUGUGGUGGUUCAGGUGGCUGCCAGCAGCUCCAGGCCGCGGGCAAAGAGAGCAUCUUUUCCUCGUGGGCCAGCAAACGUCCCAAAGAGUAUUCUCACUGACAUGGUUUUGGUCACAUGUGCAUCUUUAAACCAGUCACUGCGGCUUGGGAGAGACUGCGCUGAAGAGCCAGACCUGGGUCAUGUGGCCCCUGAACCAGGGCUGAGAGGGGGCAGAGGACCAUGUCCAGCAGAAGCGGGAAACACCCUCCCAACUGGACCCUUGGGGUCCCCCUCCUCCGUGAGAUGGGGCUGCUCCCCUGCCAGAGUUAUUGUGAGGUGUGAGUGAUGGUGAGGGAGCCCUGGGAAUCCAGCCUCUCCAGGUUUAUCCCAGGAGAUUGGACAUAGUUCCCUGUGCUUUACGAGCUGAGGACCCUGCAUGUCUGUUCAUUCGGGCCUGGAUGCAAAAGCAGAUGCGGGCUCUGCGGUGAGCAAGGCCUGGCGGCUGGAGCAGUGCAGGCCCCGUGUGUCCAUGGAGCUGCUGGCUGAGGGGACUCCUGCCCCGCUCCGCCUGCCAGGCUCGGAGAAACCAGAGGCCUAGGCGCACAGGGGUGGGUGUCGGCAGACAGAUGCUCCCCAGGCUGCGGGGUUUCCUGCGUGGACUGCUGGGCGGGUGUGCCAGAGGUGGAGGAUGCCGGCCAAGGGGCGCUACUUCCUCAACGAGGGCGAGGAGGACCCCAGCCACGACACGCUCUACGAGAAGUACCGCCUCACCAGCCAGCAUGGACCGCUGCUACUCACGCUCCUGUUGGUGGCCAUCACUGCCUGCGUCGUCCUCAUCAUCAUUGCCUUCAGCUGCGGGGACCCCUCCAGACACCAGGCUGUCCUGGGGACGGCGUUCUUCACGCUUGCCGUGUUUGUGGCUCUCUACGCGCUCGUGUAUGUUGAGUGCCUCGUCCGCCGGUGGCUCAGGGCCUCGGCGCUACUCAUCUGGGCCUGCCUUGUGACGCUGGGCUAUGUGCUGGUGUUUGACUCAUGGAUGAAGGAGGCCUGUGACUGGGAGCAGGUGCCCUUCUUCCUGUUCGUGGUCUUCGUGGUGUACACGCUGUUGCCCUUCAGCACGCGGGGUGCCGUCGUGGCCGGCGUCGUCUCCAGCACCUCCCACCUCCUGGUGCUCGGCGCUCUGAUGGGGGCCUUCACCACGCCCAGCGUCCGGGUAGGGCUGCAGCUGCUGGCCAACGCUGUGGUCUUCCUGUGCGGGAACCUCACGGGCGCCUUCCACAAGCACCAGAUGCAGGAUGCCUCCCGAGACCUCUUCACCUACACUGUGAAGUGCAUUCAGAUCCGCCGUAAGCUGCGGAUCGAGAAGCGCCAGCAGGAGAACCUGCUGCUGUCCGUGCUGCCUGCCCACAUCUCCAUGGGCAUGAAGCUGGCCAUCAUCGAGCGGCUCAAGGAGCGCGGGGACCGCCGCUACCUGCCUGACAACAACUUCCACAGCCUCUACGUCAAGCGGCACCAGAACGUCAGCAUCCUCUAUGCUGACAUCGUGGGCUUCACGCAGCUGGCCAGCGACUGCUCCCCAAAAGAGCUGGUGGUGGUGCUGAACGAGCUCUUCGGAAAGUUCGACCAGAUCGCCAAGGCCAAUGAAUGCAUGCGGAUCAAGAUCCUGGGCGACUGCUACUACUGUGUGUCAGGCUUGCCCGUGUCCCUGCCCAGCCACGCCCGCAACUGUGUGAAGAUGGGGCUGGACAUGUGUGAGGCCAUUAAGCAGGUGCGGGAGGCCACAGGCGUGGACAUCAGCAUGCGUGUGGGCAUACACUCGGGGAACGUGCUGUGCGGUGUCAUCGGGCUGCGCAAGUGGCAGUAUGAUGUGUGGUCCCAUGACGUGUCCCUGGCCAACAGGAUGGAGGCAGCUGGAGUCCCUGGCCGGGUGCACAUCACAGAGGCGACGCUGAACCACCUGGACAAGGCGUAUGAGGUGGAGGACGGGCAUGGGCAGCAGCGGGACCCCUACCUGAAGGAGAUGAACAUCCGCACCUACCUGGUCAUCGACCCCCGGAGCCAGCAGCCGCCCCCGCCCAGCCUACACCUCACCAAGUCCAAGGGGGACGCGACCCUGAAGAUGCGGGCCUCCGUGCGCAUGACCCGCUACCUCGAGUCCUGGGGGGCGGCGCGGCCCUUCGCACACCUCAACCAACGCGAGAAUGUGAGCAGCAACGAGACCCCUGUGCCCCACGGGCGGAGGCCCAAGGCCAUUCCCCUACGGCGCCACCGGACCCCUGACAGAAGUGCGUCCCCCAAGGGGCGGCCGGAGGAUGACUCGUACGAUGAUGAGAUGCUGUCAGCCAUCGAGGGCCUCAGCUCCACGAGACCCUGCUGCUCCAAGUCUGAUGACUUCUACACCUUUGGGUCCAUCUUCCUGGAGAAGGGCUUCGAGCAAGAGUACCGCCUGGCACCCAUCCCGCGGGCCCGCUACUACUUCGCUUGUGCCAGCCUUGUGUUCAUCUGCAUCCUGCUCGUCCAUGCCCUGCUCAUGCCCAGGAUGGCGGCUCUGGGUGUGUCCUUUGGGCUGGUAGCCUGCGUGCUCGGGCUGGUACUAGGCUUGUGCUUUGCCCGUGAGCUCUUGAGGUGCUGCCCAGCCCGGGGCGCGCUCCGAGCCAUCUCCGAGAGGGUGGAGACGCAGCCCCUGCUGCGGGUGUCCCUGGCCGUCCUGACCAUCGGCAGCUUGCUCGCCGUCGCUGUCGUCAACCUGCCGCUGAUGCCUUUCCCGGCCCCAGGGCUGCCUGCUGGGAACGAGACGGGCCCGGGGGCCGUGAGCAGCUGGGAGAGGACCCUGUGCAAGCUCCUCCCGUAUUACACCUGCAGCUGCAUCCUGGCCUUCAUCGCCUGCUCUGUCUUCCUGCGGAUGAGCCUGGAGCUGAAGGUCGUGCUGUUGACAGUGGCCUUGGUGGCCUACCUGGUGCUCUUCAACAUCUCCCCGUGCUGGCAGUGGGACUGUUGUGGCUACAGCCUGGGCAACCUCACCAAGACCAAUGGCACCCUCAGCAGCUCCCCGUCCUGUUCAUGGGAUCUGAAGACAAUGAUCAAUUUCUACCUGGUCCUGUUUUACACCACCCUCAUCAUGCUCUCCAGACAGAUUGACUAUUACUGCCGCUUGGACUGUCUGUGGAAGAAGAAGUUCAAGAAGGAACACGAGGAGUUUGAAACCAUGGAGAAUGUGAACCGCCUUCUUCUAGAGAAUGUCCUGCCAGCCCAUGUGGCCGCCCACUUCAUUGGUGACAAGUUAAAUGAGGACUGGUACCAUCAGUCCUAUGACUGCGUGUGUGUCAUGUUUGCAUCCGUGCCGGACUUCAAAGUAUUCUACACGGAGUGCGACGUCAACAAGGAAGGGCUGGAGUGCCUGCGCCUGUUGAACGAGAUCAUAGCUGACUUUGAUGAGCUGCUGUUAAAGCCCAAGUUCAGUGGUGUGGAGAAGAUCAAGACCAUCGGCAGCACGUACAUGGCAGCUGCAGGGCUCAGCAUCCCCUCAGGGCACGAGAACCAGGACCUGGAGCGGCAGCAUGCCCACAUCGGCAUCAUGGUGGAGUUCAGCACCGCCCUGAUGAGCAAGUUGGAUGGCAUCAACCGGCACUCCUUCAACUCCUUCCGCCUCCGAGUUGGCAUAAACCAUGGGCCCGUGAUUGCUGGAGUGAUUGGGGCACGAAAACCUCAGUACGACAUCUGGGGAAACACGGUCAAUGUUGCCAGUCGAAUGGAGAGCACUGGAGAACUUGGGAAAAUCCAGGUUACUGAAGAGACGUGUGCCAUCCUCCAGGGACUCGGUUACUCUUGUGAAUGCCGCGGACUGAUUAAUGUCAAAGGCAAAGGCGAACUGCGGACUUACUUUGUCUGUACGGAUACUGCCAAGUUUCAAGGGUUGGGGCUGAACUGAGGGCUUUAGGUAGGCGCAGAACGUGCUGGAAGCCCAUUUCCUUCCCUGAAGCAAGCCAGGGGGAAGGCUCAGCCCCACGUCGGUCACAAAGGCAGUCCAAGGGUUUGGCCAUUACCACCCCUAGCAGGUGGUUGUGCAUGGCUUCCUUGAACUGGCACUAGAGGAUUUCUCAGCUUGAGGCGACCACCAAGCCUUACACACAGGCAGCCAGAACCUCUGUGCUGUCGGGAGUCUGCAACUCGGCCUCCAGCACAGCAGGGAACAGCUCAUUUGUGAGUUUUAGACCCUCAUCCCCCCAGGUGCUGUGGAUGAGACCUCAGAGCAUGACCUGGAGACCCCUGCCCACCCCUACUCCCCCUUGGCCUGUGAGCUGCACAGGCGAGACUCGUCUUUCUUUUCUUGUCCGGGAUGGGUGGAGACUCCUUUCUCCCCAGCAGAACAGCUAGAAGAGUCCACGUUUCUCAUACAGGCAUUCUGGUAAAGAGCUGAAAGGGUGCUUGUUUUAAAUCUAUAAAUGGUUUCAAGCAAUUGGGAGAAAACCCCCCAGUGGACACUUCUUACUUCUUGUCAUCUUUGGUAUGUGUCUGUUUUAAAUGGAUACAUUGUUAAUGGAGGUAUUUCUUAUCCUUUAAAUGACUUCUGAGAUGCUAGACAAAUUAUCUUCUCUGCAGCGUAGUCUCUGCCUUUGUAACCACUGACACGUAAGUGGGACCACUGUCCAGUGUGAGCAUAUGAGAUCAGCUCAGCUGUGGGAUGGAGCUCAGAGGAAUGCGGCUCAUAGCAGGAAGGCAAGGAGUGUCACAGCCUUGGCUUUGAAUCAAACAACUUUGAAGCCAGAAUUCUGAGAUUAGGUUUAAUAUGAGAAAAGCCUAGAAAAUAAGGUAUAAGCUCUUAGCCCUUCCUUGACUCCUCAUGCAUUUUUGAGCACCCGCUGCAACCUUCAACUCUGUCGUAGCUUUGUACUGGAAAGGAAUGGAGUCUGUGUGGAGAGAAGCUGGACAGCCUGUAGUUCUUUCCUUUCCUUCAGUCCUCAUAGCUAGCUCUGAAGAGCUUCAAAACUAAGAGCAUCUACUCAGCAUUAGCACGUGUAGAGGUUCCUGUAUCUGGGAGGCCAGCCCUCUCACAGGUGCUCAGAUGGCCUUGUUCUCAACUGAAUGAAUCAAGGCAAGGGAAGACGCCAGGUCUGUGAGGUGGUGUCUUACAGCACUUUAGCUCUAAAAGAAUGGAAAGAAGUCUACCUAUGUUGUUUCAAGGUGAGAAAUAAUAAUAACCAAACUGCCCUUUCCGUUUUCUGAACUGACGUCAUUGCCUCAUAACCACAGUAUCCCUGGGGUUUCUGAUAAAUACAGCUGGAUUUCACUAUCCAGCAGGAAUUCUUAGCCAGAAGUCAUCCAUGAACUCCCCUGAAAUUAUACAGAAAACCUUGCAUACGUGAGGCUUCAAAAGAUUACACGACGUUGCAGACAGGUGACUGAGCAGCCAGGUCUGCCUGGGACGGAGGGCUGUGGGGUGAGCUGGCACCCCAGCCACGGGCAGGGAGGGGACUGAAGCCCAAGCUGUUGCCUGCUGGUGCUGUGUCUUGUUGGGAGCUGGGUGGGCUAGUGGCAGCUCUGAUGCUCUGCAUGAAACUGGAAUAGGUAGGAAUAAAUCACAAGAACUUGCUGGCCUAAAGGAAUUGCAUUGUGAAAACGCUGGUAAGGGAAAUAAGCCGUACUUAAAUUGCCUUUUUUACACACCAAUUCUUCAUCUAAGUACUAUGCUGAAAUCUAUACCCUUAAAAUCAGGAGUGACCAGGGCUGCUCAAUAGGGCUCUCCUGGGAAGUCAGGAAGGUUCUGUCACGGAUAUGGUGUAGACACACAUCAGUGUGCUGGGCCUCUCUGAGGUGGGCAUACUUCUGCUCUUGCAAUAUGCAAAUUACUUUCUUCCUCUGGCAAAGAAAUCCCAGUUGGGAGUUUUAAAAAAUAAUUGGUUACCAUAUAUGUAUUUUUCUUUCACUGUGCUCAGAUAAGAAUAUUGUUUUGAGGGUUUUUUUUGUUUUGUUUUGUUUUUGCGGUACG